CGCGUUUUCAAAUUUUCGAACCUCGGUGUGUCGAUGAUGAAGCAAAUGACACUUGAUUGGUUGGAAGGUUAUGUGAACAUAAAUGACACUGAGAAGAGAUCGGACCUGAGAACAUCAUCUUCCUUCAAAUCGAAGCUUCCUUUCGAAGCAACUUCGAAUGUCUACCGAAGCAGUCUGGCCUCUCUCGAAGGAGACUCUG